CAUUCCCAUUCCUCAUUGUGCUUAAUUUGUGAAAGCUCAGAUCUAGAGACAAGUGAUCGAUCAUUUUCCAAGUAGUAGUGGACCACUAGCGGUGUGUCUGUGCGCGAGCGGGAUAGAUAGAGAGAGAUGGCGAGACGUCCGCACAACACUCUCUUGUUGCUUGUUCCACUCCUCCUAAUUUUGAUUACUUUCUCCGAUGUGGCCGAGGGCUACAACAGGCUCCGUCCUGCAGAUUGCAGGCCAAGAUGCACAUACAGGUGCUCGGCGACGUCGCACAAGAAGCCGUGUAUGUUCUUCUGCUUGAAAUGCUGCUCAAAAUGCCUCUGCGUUCCACCUGGGACUUUUGGCAACAAGCAAACAUGCCCUUGCUACAACAACUGGAAGACCCAACAAGGCGGUCCCAAAUGUCCUUAAUUAAAUUAAUUAAAACCACUUUAUAUUAAUAAUUAAUUAUUAAUCCCAACUUAUUACUGGGUUCCAUUAAUACAAUAUUUCUGUAUUUCUUUAUUGUAAACCGGGAGGCUUUAUUAUGAUGCGGCGAGAAGAUUGAUGGAUAAGUCAUUCUUUGAGGUUUUUUUUGAUAACUCUCGAAUGGGGUGGUUGUAAUAAAAUUUUAGUUACUGAUCAUUUGCGAGUUUUGUUUCACAA